GCACCUGAAGAGUGAGCAUUGUUAUCUGUAAAAUACUAAACUAAGCCCUCAUGUGCCUGUGUUUCAGUCUGCGUGUGAAAUCCGAAGAAUCAAAGGUUUCACUUACCCUGUCACAAGCCGACAACCCAACCAGCGGCAACUUUACCGACUUCAUCAACAAGUUUCGCGAUGUCACAGGUUUCAGAGCAGAUCCACAUAGGACUCUAGGUGACUGUAUGGGUGAUCUUGAGUCCUUCACUGACUUCUGGACUCUGCCUGGUCUGGAGAAGGUGGAGUUGAAGGUGAGAUGCCUGACUGAGAGCUGGGCCAACUGGAUCCUCAAACUCAUCCACACGUGCCCCACUCUGAAGGAAGUAAAGUUACGAGCUAAACUAUCAGGUGGGUAUAAAAUCUUACUGGAGGAGGGAAUCAGUCUUCUGCAGGAGUCCUAUAAGCGUCCAGAUUGCACUGUGAUCCUCAGGGGGUUCAGAUGCACUAAAGCCAGUGGCAAGUGUGGUGAGGAAGAUGAAGAUGAAGAUGAAGAUGAAGCUGAACCGCGCUGCAACCGGCGCGUGACGAUCCAAAUGAGGGGGCAAAAUGUCACUCAGAAGACUGACUGGCUCUUCAUGUCCCACACGCGCCCAGGAGAUGGCGCUAACCCUAACCCUGAGGACAUCAGGUGGGCAGAGUCCCUUAGGCUUAGAGCCCCUUCUUAA